AUGCAGUCAAACGACGACGCAAUGGUCUCGCCGACCCCAUCCCCACCGGCGGGAUCCUCGACACCGACGCAGGGCUCUGCCCCGCGCCGACCUCCCCGUAAAAGCACCCUCACCCAGCAGCAGCGCAACCAGAAGAGACAGAGGGCUACCCAAGACCAACUGGUGACCCUUGAAGUGGAGUUCAACAAGAACCCCACACCCACUGCUGCUACUCGCGAAAGAAUAGCCUCGGAAAUCAACAUGACCGAGCGCUCAGUCCAGAUCUGGUUCCAGAACAGACGUGCCAAGAUCAAGAACAUUGCCAAGAAGAGCAUCGAGAACGGUGACGACUGCAAUGACAUCCCAGAGUCAAUGCGACGAUACCUCGCCCUACAGGCCAUGGAGUCUGGCAAGUCAAUUGGUACUAGCUUCCUAGGCCGAGCAGGUGGUAUGCCAUACGGAAGUGGCAUGCUUCUCAACACAGACGCCAACAACUCCAAGGUUGUCAUUCACCACUUUGCCUGCCGCUCCCUCAGCAUCGGUAGCUGGAGAAGAGUCGGACAAAGCGCCAUGGACCUUGUAGUCUUCUACUCGCCUGAGAAGUGCUGCAUCACGUACUACAUCAACAACGACUCUGCGGGCUACAAGAUUGAGUACCCAUUCUCAUACAUCAAGAACAUCUCACUGGAGAACGGUGACAUGACCGCGAAUGCCGAGGGUGCUUCGCAACGCCCAGGAGGGCUGAUUGUUGAGCUCAACCGACCACCGAACUUUUUCAUGGACUCAUCAGGUUCGGGUGGAUUCUUCCAGUGCGGCGACUUUACAGAGGACCAGCAAGCGUCAAACAUCAUGUUGCACCACUUGGGUGGCCACCCGAAGGUGCUGAGCGGACAGUUGGCGAAACUUGUCUCACUGGAGUCGUUUCAGAACCGACACAACAUGUACGACCCAAACACAUUUGCCGUCUCGGCACCGGUCUCGCCCAUCAACCACCGGCCCGCUUCCCAACCAAACCAUCUUCAACACCCUCACCACAUGGGUAUGUUUCAGGAGACACAUCUUGCGCCUGCUCCCUUUCAACCGCGUGGUCACAAGCGCCAGCGAAGUCGCUCGGUUCCUGUUGCGAUGGACUUUUCGAUGCUUCGCAACCCGAUGCCAUCAUUCCUUAUCCAACAAGAGCCGUCGCCGUACGUGCCUAACCCAGAGAUCUUUGCACCACAACCGCAAAGUGCAGGUCCCAUUGGUCCUCACCUGAGUAUCGACACUUCAGCAGGCUACGGCAUGGACUACCGACAGUACCCCAUGUCGGCCACAACGACCAACUCACCAUCCGAGUACGGCACUCCUUCAUUUUUCACGUCAGGUCCAUCAAAUGACAACAUUCCUGCAUCCAACUACGGCCAGUACAACAUCCCACCUUAUGUACAUACACCAAUGGGCCCGCCACCACAUUCGGCGUCUCACCACUCACCCAUGCCGGCAAUGAGCCACCCCGACCCCAUCAUCGCUAACCAAUCACCACCACUGGGCUCUUUCGGUCGUGACAACCACAACGAUGUGUACCAAAUGUCGCAUGACAACGGCAUGUCGGACGAGGCCCUGCAGAUGACCGACAUGUACGCCAAGCAAAAUCUCAACAUGCCCUUCCGGUCGCCGUUACUGGAGGACAAUGGGGAUGACCUUGACAUGUCGAAUCUGGUGUCGUUUGGCACGCUAGACCCAUCCAGCCUGUCACCGGAGCAUCACCAGAUGCAAUGA